CGCCACAUUUCCUUGUAUGUUUGUCAUGUUUGCUAGUCAAGCGAGUGUUCGUCACUUUUGUCCUUCUGUGCGGGAUUAAAAGUGGCAAACAUCUUUUUAUUUUGCACUGACAUCACGAACUUGCUUUUAUUCUUUCUUCUGGCCGUGCAAAUACACAGCGUAGCGCCUGUGGUUCACACGCUGCGUCCUCUCAAGUUCCAAACUUCCCAGAGUUUGUGAGUGUUGGUUAUGUUGAUGAAGUUCAGGUUGUUCACUAUGACAGCAACAGCAGGAGAGCAGAAGCCAAACAGGACUGGAUGAACAAAAUCACAGCAGAGGAUCCACAUUACUGGCAGAUACAGACAGAGAAAAAUGUUGUUAGUGAGCAGGUCAACAAAAACAACAUUGAAGUUCUUAAGAAGCUUUUCAACCAAACUGGAGGUGUUCACGUUGUCCAGUGGAUGUCUGCAUGUGAAUGGGAUGAUGAGACUGAUGAGGUUCAUGGUUGGCAUCAGAUAAGUUAUGAUGGAGAAGACUUCAUAUCGUUGGACAUGAAGACAUGGACAUAUACCGCAGCAAAACAACAAGCUUUCCCCAACAAACUCAAGUUGGACCAGAACAAACCUCAACUAGACCACCAUAAGUAUUACUAUACUGAGGUGUGUCCUUCUUACCUGAAGAAGUAUGUGAACUAUGGGAGGGACGUCCUUAUGAGAACAGAGCUUCCAGAGGUGUACCUCCUCCAGAAGACGCCGUCCUCUCCGGUCAGCUGCUUGGCGACGGGUUUCUACCCCGACAGAGCCGACCUGUUUUGGAGGAAAGACGGCGAGGAGCUCCACGAGGACGUGGAGCACGGAGAGAUGCUCCCCAACCACGACGGAACCUUCCAGAUGUCGUCGGACCUGAAAGUGGAGGUGACGGCCGACGUGGAGGGCAAGUACGAAUGUGUGUUUCAGCUGUCUGGCGUGGAGGAGGACAUCGUCACCAAGCUGGAGAGAAGAAGCAUCCUGAGCAACGCCAGCCAUGAAGACAACUUGAGCGUCGCCGUGGCAGCGACGGUCCUCCUGGCGGCCGUCGUCGUCGUCGUCGUCGUCGUUGUCGUCAAGCGUCACAGAAACAGACGAGGUGAAGGACGCCCAUGUUGUCUGUCUUCUUCUUCUUCUCGGUGCAAAGCCGAUUACCGUUUGGCGGUGCCGAGCUCUCAGAAGAUGACGGCUGAAGGCUGAGUGAGACGCAGCAGCCACACACAGGACGUCAUCACACUUGGAGAUGAGAUGGAGAUGUGCUUUGGUCUUCAUCAACCUGCGCCUCACGUUAUACGAUGUCUCCUUUGUGGCUUAGAAAACAUGACAAGAUAGCAUACCUGCACAAGGCUGGAAUGACUUCAAGUGUGACGCCAGAGUAGUUAGGGAUCAAACAAUUCAUCAUCAUCAUCAUCAUCAUCCUCAUCAUCCCCCCCUCGCAUGAGAUCACCACUCAUGUUUGGGCCAAAGGGGGGGCGGGUGCAUAGUGAGCUGGUUGGCUGCCUAAGGCGGGGACCUUUUGAGGUCUGAUCCUCGGCUGCAGAAGGUAUCUCCAGGUACGUGGAAUGUCACCUCUCUGGUGGGGAAGGAGCCAGAGCUGGUGCGCGAGGUGGAGGAGAUCCGGCUUGAUAUAGUUGGACUCAUCUCGACGCACAGGAAGGGUCUGGAACCAGUCUUGAGAGGGGCUGGACUCUGUUCCACACUGGUGUUGCCGGCAGUGAGAAGCGACAAGCGGGGGGGGUCAAUUGUAGGAUAACAUUAUUUUAUUAACUUGUUAGCUGAGUGAGUAAAUAGUUCUAAGAAGUAGGUUAUAGAAAUACUGUUUUACUAAUUUGUUAACUGAAUGGAUGAACAUUUAUUUCAGUAGGUUACAGAAACAGGUCAAGAUAAAGUGCAUUGACAUAACCAGCAGUCAGAGAGCACGUGCUAUGCUGGGAGCGCAUGUGCUAUUUUGUCCAGAAGGCGGUGCUGAUGAGGGUCCUACCACGUCAGCUAAGAUGGCGCUGAGGAAGACAGCUACCGAAGGCAGAGUGGACUAUCGAUCAAGGCCGACUCUCUCCUUCUGGUCAGGAAGUCACAGGUGAACAUUAGGAGAGACAGCUCAGAUGUCCGAAGAAUUAUUCUGUCUGACAUAUUUUUUAACACAUUCUGUCAACCUUGUCAGUUGAAGUGUGAGUUUUAUUCCUUCUCAUAAUUGGAGAUUAAGGAACACGUAAGGGGAGGUCACAUUUAUUUCACAGAGUGCUACUUGAGACUUCUAUUAGGUUUCAUCUCCAAUGCUACGUCACCCUUUCAUCUUUUAUGUUUUAAGCUAAUUAAAAUCAUUUUUAAGCUUCCUGUCAUUCGUUGACAAAGCUUGUCCUCAUGAAUAUUCAUGAGGGAGUCCAGUUUCUGACAUAAGACACACACACACACACACACACACACUUGUGUUAAUGCAGAAUUCUAUAUUUAUUAGAAAGAUUGUUUUUACAGAGGAAUUGCACACGCGUAAAAGUCCUACAAAAUGGUGGCCUGGCAUGAACUUUGACCCUUCAUUCGUCUGCUUAUCAUUGGUUCUGCACAGUAAGAGAGGGGGGGGUCUAGUUUUGAAGACACUGAAGUGCAGUCCACUGUACAAGAAGUGUCCCUGCUACCGUCUGUCUCUAUCAGACACAAAUGUACGUCUCGUGCUUCUAUGACAUCACCGCGCUGCAGGGCUGCUCCACAAAACAAAAAGAACAUUUUGUGCUAGUUUGUUCAGUCGCCAUCAGGAGUUUCUUUUUUAUUGUCAACAAUCUAAAUGUGUGUUUAAUGGCUCCAGUACGAGCUUAUUCUCUGCUCACUACUGCUUUUAAUAAUGAUUUCAUUCAAGAGACGCCUGCACGGAUGUCCUGAUGCCGCCUAUGAAAGAACCUUCUGUGUUUUGCAUAGCUCAGUGAGGACGAGAGAGGGAGGACACUCAUGAUGGAAUCUCCUCCUCAAACACCACCGGCCUCCUUGUCCUCCUCGCCUCCUCCCUCUCCCGACGGGAUUCCCAGCCGGGACCUGUCAGUUCCACAGUUUUAGGAAGCUGUCCCACGAUCCCGUGCAGACACCCAUUCCAUCCUCGGGGACGCCGGUGCAGCUCACGCGGUUGUCGUGACCGGACAGCACGCCUGCGGGGAGACGAGGACAAGGGCGGAGGCGUGAGGGAGGAGACGCGGUGGCAAGUGAACGUCACUCACGUAAUUCGGCCCUCCCACCUGGGUGCCCCCACCCCCACUGAAUGAGAGUUGUGUAGUGCUGGCCGACGAGCUACAAGCCCGAGCUGUCACCUCGUCGUCCAGCGCUGCUCAUCAGGCAUCAGGGAAUGAGGUUUAUCAACGUACUUUGGCUGGCAUCCAUUACACUCACCCCCCCAAACCUCACUCUCAUUUUGUACCUUCACCGCAGUUGUCACCCACACACCAGCCGGGGAUCAGACCCGGGUCCACCCCUCCCCACUAAGUGAGCAGUUGAGCAGCGCUAGCCGACGAGCUACAAGCCCGAGCUGUCACCUCGUCUUCCAGCGCUGCUCAUAAGGCGUCGGGGAGUGAGGUUGGCAUUCGUUACACGAGGACCACUCACCCACUUUCUCCCCCUUCAGAGAGUCCCAAAUGUGGCAGUUGAAGUCGUCGUAGCCGGCGAAGAUGAGGCGGCCCGAGUUGGACAGCGCCAGGGACGUGACGCCGGCGUUCAGGCUGCUGUCCUGGUAGCCGAUCACUUCCUGGUCGGAGCGCAGGUCGUACAUCUUGCAGCUGCAGUCGUCCGAGCCUGUGAUGAUGGCGUUCCCGCUGGGAAAGAACUGCAGCGGGGAGGGAAGAGCACACGUAAUGUGAUGACUCGUCCUCCAAAGUACGCGAAGCGGGCGGAGGCUUCCUCACCGCGAUGGCGUUGAUGUCGCUGGUGUGUCCGAUGAAUGUCUGCUUACAGGUGCCUUCCCGCACGUCCCACAGCUUGGCCAGGGAGUCGCAGGCCCCAGAGAUGAAGGUGUUCAUGUCGGAGGACAAAGCCAGAGACAUGCAGUCCCCGAUGUGAUUGGUGAAGACGAUCUUCUGCUUUCCCGUCUCCAGAUCCCACAGGCAGCUGAACAAGAACAGGAAGUUAGUGAUAGCCAAGCUCACAUCUCACGUACAAGCCACCAAGCUGACCAGGUGGUGUCGCCGGAGGCUGAGAUGAUCUCCGUGUCGCUGAGGAAACGGCAGCAAGACAGGUAACCUAGCAACCGAAGGAAGUCGUUACACUUUCAGCGUCUUGGCAAGGAAGCAAAACGGCGGCGUGUCGGGUGGCGUCACCUGUGUGGGCGUCCAGUUCCCUGAGGGUCUUGGGGCUGGCUGCCUUGAUGUUGUAGACGGUGCAAAUGUUGUCCAGACCCCCGCUGGCCACCAAGUUACCGGACGGGGCGUAGGCCACGCUCAUCACCCAGGCAGACUUCAGCGGCACAGCAACCAGCUAGGAAUCACCGUGAUGGGGACUGGUGUUUGAGUGUCUUCAUUGCAACCCCCCAGCCCCACCCUUACGGACUCACCUUGUUCCCUGUGAAGGUGUCCCACACCAGGAGUUUGCCAUCCUGUGAUGCACUCACCAUUUGCCUGUGGGAGAAAGUUACGCUACUUAGCUUAGCCUAGCAUCUUUUUAUUUUCACAUUUGCUCCACUUGAUGGGAAGCUGUAUCGUGUUGCUAAUAUAAACAAAGGAGGUAUCCGUCUCUUCCCGCUGGGGGAGGGCAUCAGGGACAGGUUGGUUUUUGUUUUUUUACGCAGCUCCUUUUAUUGCUACAUUGUUUUAUCAUGCAGUGUGCGCACAUGCGCUUGCGUUAUUAUUAUUAUUAUUAUUAUUAUUAUUAUUAUUAUUAUUAUUAUUUAUGAAUGAUUACCGGCUGGCAUUACUGACAUGGCUUUUCUGCAGAAAAAAAUGGACUUUUUGAGCAACAGGCGUUUUUAUCACAAAUAAAAAAGCGGGAAUCAUCCGUAGCCGACCUAAGUGGCUGCUACUGGGGGGGCGCCCCGAACACUGAUGGAAAAUCUUUGUUCCAAAUCCUGUAUAGGACCCCCAGAUGUCCACAACCGCUACAGUCUGUUAUUACUGACCACCUCCGUGGCUCCUCCCCCUUUGUAUUCCAGGACUAAUGAGAAGGCAGCGAGGCUCACCUGGAGUCAGCUGACCAGUGCAUGGCGUAGAUUUUGGCCAGGUGACCCUUGAGCGACUUCCUCUGCUUCAGCUGAACACGACCCACCGACGCCACGCUGCUCGCUGCCGCCGACAUGUUGGUGUCGUUCACGGCCUUGCGGGCCGUCUGUCAGAAGGAGAAAGACGAGCGGCGGACGGCGUUUUACUUACUGAUUUAUUCGUUUGCAACAAAAGCGGGGCGCUCACCUCAAUCUGGGCGCGGAGGCCGUCGCACUCCUUUUUCAGUGCAUCCAGUUCAGCUUUCUCAGCUGCCAUGGCAACAGUUGCUGGGGGGCGCUAGCAGCAGAAAACCAAAAGUACAACUGGGAAAAAGGAGAGGGAGACAGACACGGGACAGGAAAUGAGAAGACGUUCCCCGCCCAUCAUCAUCACAUGACCCAAAGAUGGCAUCACUGUGACCUGGAUACGCUGAUCCAGAACACCUUGGAACAUGAAAGAUUAGACGCAUACCUGACUGCUGUAAUCCCCCUAAUGCUGUUAGCGCUGCCGCCGCGCUAGGAUGCUGAAAGGACAACUUUCCACCGGGUGUCCUGACUGAGACAGACUUUUAUUUGCCCUAACAGGACCUCAAACCUUUUCCAGCAAAGACCACGUCGAGAAAAAUGACACUUUGAUACGUUUGGUGCAUUAAAGAUGCUAAUGUAGGUCAGUGCUAAGUGAAAUGUGGCAUGUUAUUAUGCAAUGAUAUCAAUAUCAACCUGGAUCAGUCGCCGUUGUUGACGACUACCACACAGGAAGCUAAACAGCGAGUCAGCAGGAGUUAUGGUGGCUGCCCCCUCGUGUCUGGGUAGAGAAUUGCAAGUCAUGAGCUCGUCCUAACUCUAAUCUCAUGAAACAUUGCAUAUUUUUUUUGCAUAUUUGAAGGUUUUCCAUUUACUUUCACUGGUAACUUAUUACAUUUAUGAAGGAGUUACUUUUUCCGGAAAGUAAUUAUAACUGAUUACUUUUUUAACAAAAAUUUGCCCAACACUGGACGACGCAAAGUAAUGUAACAUCUAAUCGUCUACCUCGUAAUCAUGGCUUUUUAAAAAAUAAUAAAAUGAGCUACUUUGGA